AGAGGUGAACCACCGCGAGCACCCAGAGUGGACCCUCUCGAGCUUGGCCGGUGAGUGUGCGUGUGCGUGUGAUAGUUUUCGGACAGGUGACCGGAGACACCUGAAAGUAGCUCCCGGUACUUCACGUCACUUCAGGACCAGAGAAAGAGAGAGAAAGAGGGAGAGAGCGCUGAUUGGCUGAAUCCUGACAGCUCUGCCUCCGCGUGCCACACAGGGAGCCGAGCGCUCAUAUAAAUAGGGUCAACAGGCUCGCGCUCUCCAACAAUUUCACACCUGCCGGAACCCCGAAGGGCACGCGCAGCAAACAGACGGACAGACCGGUCUGAUACAGACUGAUACUAACAGAGGUAAGCAGGUAUAACGCUUUCACUAUUCUUUAUAGAAAAUAACUGUAAUUAUGCUAAUUAUGCAUCAUGUUGGUUGGACCUGUACUCAAAAUAGGCUACAUAACAGUUUUUAACUCAUUUAUGCACUUUACACACUUUUUUGGUCAUGUGUUUUGUAUGAAAAUUGUCCGUUGAAUAUGGACUAUUGUCAUUUCAGUAUUAGGUGUAGUGGUACGAGCAAUGGUAGUGUCUUAAUAAGUCAUAUAAUUCACCAAAUAAUCAGUUUUAACGAUCUUCUUAUGUUUGAAAGUGGAAGUUUUUUUUUUGUAAUCUUCAUUUCUAAUUAUUUGUAAAGCAAGUUUAACGCAAAGUUUGGAUUAUGCUUACAAAUUAUUUAAUAUUGUCUAAACAGACUGACAGAUUUUUCUGUGUGUGUGUGCGUGUGUGUGUGUGUGUGUGUUUGUCCUCAGUCCAUGGCGUCCCCCACUCACAGCAGCAGCAGCAGUGUGUGGAUGCUGGUCCUGGGGGUGUGUGUAUCCAUGGUCGUGGGAUCAGACUGUGGGAAGGAGUGUGCGCUGUGUGUAUACCGCCUUCUGGGGCAACAGUCCACCUUAUCCUCUCUGGUAAUGUCACCAUGUCUUUUUAUUACUAUUACUGUUACUAUUUAUCCUCCUCUUACACUCAGAGAUGAGCAGAAACAAAAAACUUAAAUUUUGAUAUAGGAAAAAAAUAAUAAUGUGAUUUCAAACAAAUUAAUGUACUUAUAAAGACAUUUACACCUGCAUAGAUGUAAAGGCAGUGUACAUGUAGCUGAACAUCUAUAUUCACACAGCAAUGUUUAGUCCUGCCAUCACGACAUACAAAACAUCCGUAUGUUUCAGUGCGAAUAGUUGAAAGUGUAUAAAGAUACCUGUAUUUUUUUAUGAUUCUUAGCAAUAUAAAAUGUCGCAGGAGAAGGACCACUUUCUGAUGUUGUGUUUCUGAAGCUUUUUUGUAACAAUUCAAAAAUAUCUCUUUUUUGGCUGAAAUGUGAUAUGUUUGAUGUGCCGAGAUAAAUACGUAUGCAGAUCAUGCUGUAAAAGCAUAAAAACGUGCACUCAUCUUACUCCGAUUUUACGCACAUGGUGUGGUCGGUAUAAUGAGAGGGUUUACCUUAAAAUCAAAGUGAAAAUAUUCGCAGUGUUCUGGUUUGUAAGCCUUGUACUGUCACACUUGCUGCAUCACUUUCGGCCAAACGUGUAGCUCUGUGUGAUUUUUAAUGAAGUCAAACUAAAAGGUUUACCAGAGCUGCUGUUAUGAUUCAGUCACAGUCUUUCCAGCUUACUGCUUCAUCACUCUGAAGCUUUUUUCUCUCUUACUACUGUCAAUAUUUUUCACUUUUUUCUCUGUUACGUCUCUCAUCCUCCUUUCUUUCAUUCAAUCCUCCACCUCUCUCUUUCGGUCCACAGUAAUCAGUUGACUCCUUCGCUCCUCUUCUCUUAUAGAUUUUUUAUUCCUAAAGUCUCUCUCUCCUGCUUGUCCUUUCAUUUUUUUUCUCCAGCUUUAUUUUCUCCUCCUCUCAUUGUCCGUCGAUGUGAUUGAGGUGAAAUUGUUCUAAUCGCUGACAGUCAAUACUCCACGCCACUUCACUCAGGAGCAUUUCCAUUUGCUCUUUUCUUUCUUUCUUUCUUUAUAUCUUUCUUUUUUUCUUUCUUUCUUUCUUGCUUUUGUUCAGCUUUUUUUAUUCUCCUUUUCCAGCUCUCUGUUUUAAUUUUCACGUCUCUGAACCAUCCAUUUUUAUCCCCCUCAUACUGCUCUGUAGUCUUCCCCCUGUUUAAAAAGUUAAACCUAUUUAAACUGAAAAACCCAGAUAGAAAUAAUUAGUUUGAACAGAGUGAAGAACAAAAUAAAUUAAAGUUGAUCAAAGUGUUAUUUUAAUAGAAUCAAGAGGCAUAUAAGAGUAUGAGAGUAUAAAUGGCUUUUAGUGCUGAGCUAUCAGUCUUUCUCGAAAAUGACGGAAAUACAAAUUGAGGACUUGAACUGAGCAAAGCUGAGCUGAAACAUCAGUUAAUGAAUCAAAAAGACUCCAUUAAUCUCAUCAAUCACUUACCAAUCUGAAAUCAAUCACCUUGGAAAAAAAAAAAUAGCACGACAGACUGAUUCCAGCUCCAUGGAAAACAUGGAUGCGUUCAGGUUUCUCUCCAUGUCUACGUCGGUUUUAGAAAAAAAAAAACGUCUGAGGAGUUUGUCUCAGACUUUGACAAUAUCUUUACAGUUUUAAUUGUAAAUAAAUCAUCAGCUGCCUGUAACUGGAGCAUAAUAUUCAGGUGAUAAGCACUUUGAAAGCUCAAUCAGAAUAGAAAUGCUCCGUAUGAAUAUGAGGAGAGGAGAGGGGGCUGGGAUAACAUCUUUUUAGUCCAGACAGCUUAUAAUAAGCUGUUAAGAUAACUUAUAGCAAGAUUUCAUCAAUACAGAUGCUAGUAUCCAUCCUGUUUACUCAAUUCUCGAACAUUUGCUGUGUGAUAAACAGAUUUUCUGAUAUGAGUUUUAACCAUAGACUGUAUAUAGUAUGGACAACUUGGCUCUGCCUUCCCUCAUUAUCCGAGUUUGAAGCCGAAUUGCUCUCGGUAUUUCCGUGAUUUUCUCCACUUCCAGGAACAGUAGCAUUGUAAGCAUUCGGCGGGAGAGUCUGUGAUGACGCUCGGCUCAAACAGCGUAUCCCCCAAGCGAGCGACACAAUCUUCAUAUGCCCAUAGUCAGUAUCAAGUCUUAAACAUAGAAAACAUGAACCCCUAAAAACGCUUAAAAAUGGAGCUGAACAGAAAAAAGUGCACAAACCAGUCUUGAGGUCCUUACACACUGGGACCGACAGAAAUCUACAAUGCGAAAUUACAAAAUAUUCUGAGGCGAAUUUGACGCGCCUGACUAUACACAUCAAGCACGAUGCGAUUUUGCGACUUUCUGGGGGGGAAAAAGACGUGUCACCGGUGGAAGCGAGAAGACUGACACAACACCAGACUGAGUGUUUUCAGUUCUGAUUAGACACUAGUGUUGAGAUGGCUGUCUGUCAUGAUAACAUGUACUGAGUCGGGGCCAGUACCAGAUAAGAACAUUAAACUAUAAUCCAUAAACAUAAGGCAACAACUGAGACCUAAUGGUGCUGUGACAGCAACGCGAUUGAGUUUGAGACAGUGAAAAUACUUAUGGUAUGUUGUAUCUGAACAGGUUAGCUUACGAGCUAAAGUUACUUAGCACAGAUGAAAGUUAAAACAAAGACGUUUAGCAAACUGUUAAAGCACAGAAACCAUCGUCAUAUGAGAAAUCCAACACCAUGACUCUCCACAAGUUGUCCUUCAGGUCGUUAUCUUUGUAAUGUUUGUGUCUUUUAUCAAAAACCACUCUGUUCUCUGACACGUGAACAAUCAGCCGGUCGGCCAUUUUUGGAUAUACCGGUGAAUCAGAAGUCGCAACAACACGCAAUCUGAUUGGUCAGAAGUGGACACACAGCAUGCGAAACCUUGCUUAUGUGAACGCUUGUAUUGACAGUAUACGGGUUCGAAAAAAAUUAUUGACGUCCGAAAUGAUCGCACCACAAUAACGGUCCCAGUGUGUAAGGACCUUUACGGUUAAUACAUGUCAACAUCUCAAGCAGGGGGUAGAAAAAUUUAUAUUCUGUGUAAUUAAUUUCUAAAGUUUUUCCCCAGCUCCAUUAAGAUUGCUGAAGGAGGCGGGAUUUAUGACCUAUACUGCAGCCUGUCACCAGAGGGUGCUGUUCUCAGGGUGGCUUCACGAAGCGAAGAGGCAAAUAGAGUCCAUUAUAUAUACAUUCUAUCGUUUGAACCUUUAACCUUUUAUAGGACUGCUGAUUGCAAAUCAAUACAAAGAUUUAACAAAGUCAGGUAGCAACAGAAAUGACACUAUUUACUCAAAUGAAUCCAUAAAUCAUCACAGAUUACCUUUGCUUAUGAAGGAUGGCUGCUGGUCUCACAAAGAGAGUGGAUUUUAGAGUUAGUUGGUACGUCUCCAUGUUGUAUUUUUAGAGGUGUUAUUGAAAACAUUUGUUUUUGUUUUAUUUUUUUAUAUGACAGUGUUUUGGACCGCUUGUGUCUCCAGCCCACCUAAUUAAUUACUUCUUUGGUCGUCAUUCCUGCUGACCUCCUCUCACCAUGUGUCCCAUCACUGUUUUGUAAGGCAAGUAGAGCUAAGUGGAUAGCAUCAGUAAGGGAACCAUUAGGAAUGAAGAGAAAUGAUGCUGAUAGCCUGAGUGAGUUGAAGCUGACUCUCAUCUGAAACAGACUUUUGAUUCCUGGCCUUUCUGCUGACAAUCAAUGGAUUGGUCACUGUAAGAUGAGCCAUUUAAAGCCAUGUGAUAAACUGAACCCUAGCGGCAUUUGCCUUAUUAGAAACUCAGUUGCUCUGCUGGUCUGGGUUGUCUCGUUGUCACAGCUUGGUCACAUGUCAGAGGUUGUAAUAGGAGCGAAUAAAAACCUGGGCUAACUAAGCAGAAAUCUAAAAUGAAUAUUGACGUCUCUGUGAUUGCUCCCUGUUGUCCCUAUUCUCUGUUUAAAGGGUCGUCACUCAUCUAUAAUUCUCAUUAUGGCCACCAGAGGGGGCUGCAACCCUCUGCCCCCUCCCUUAUAGCCCCAGGUGCUAAUAAGUCCUCAAUUCAAUUUUCCUCUUCAUUAAAUCUGUCUCCAUUAGCCCGCGGCAGUGAAAGCUCAGCAAGAAACCUCCUCAUGUGGUCAAACUCUGAUGGCUGAAUAUGUGAAAUUCAAUGAUACAUGUGGGUAGGGGGUGUGCCCUGAACCCCGCCCCCCAGAUGCCUUCAGCCUGCGUUUGGAUGGACUCAUAUGGUGUUAGGGGGGCUGGGUUGAGUGCAGAGGGUGAGGUAGGGUGGGAGGUACUUCUGUUAGCUGAUACGAAGCUGUGAGGUGGGGGAGGAGAGGGGGUCCAGGACAGAUGGUUUAAAGAAUAAAACAAGUUGUUUUAAGCUGUUAAGGGAGAGAGAGAGUGAGGGAGAAAACGGAUAAAAUGAGCUGAUGAUCUCUGAAAGCAUCUGCUCUCAUCGCUCCCCCUCCUUCUUCUCCUCCUACUUCUCCUCCUCUUCCUCCUUCGAUCUGUGUUCGUGGUCUCUGACUGGGUGAACAUCACACUCAGUGAAAGGCAGUGGUAGUUAUAAUGAUGAUGGUGUUGUUGAUGGUGAUAGUAACCACAAUGUUGAUGGUGAUGAUGAUGUCUAAUGGUCAGACUGGGUCAGCUAUUUUUUUCUCGAUCUCUGCAGGCUGUAUCCAGUUGAGUAUAAGAGACCCUGGUUAUCGAUAUGAGACAAUCCAAACAACAAGACCACAGUGAUAAUAAGAUGACCCUGAUAUCAAAACCACUGGGAUUAUUAGAUGGUCCUGAUAAUACUGUGACCCUGAUCAAGACCACGCUGAUAAUUGUAAAUAUAGAACACGAAAUUACGUAAUAUCCGAAGGAGAAUUUUGACGCGCCUGAUUAUACACAUCAAGCCUGAUGCGAUUUUGUGACUUUCUGGGGGGGAAAAAGAUAUGUCCCAGGUGGAAGCGAGACGACUGACACAACAGCAGACUGAGUGAUUUUUAGUUCUGAUUAGACACUACUGUUGAGAUGGCUGUCUGUAGCAUGUAGCAUAUUAUUCUGCUUGACUAUAGAUAGCAUUUACUGAGUCGGGGCCAGUACCAGAUAAGCACAUUAAACUAUAAUCCAUAAACGUAAGGUAACAACCGAGACCUAAUGGUGCUGUGACAGCAACGCAAUUGGGUUUGAGACACAGAAAAUGCAUAUGGUAUGUUGUAUCUGAACAGGUUAGCUUACGAGCUAAAGUUACUUAGCACAGAUGAAAAUUAAAACAAAGGCGUUUAGCAAAUUGUUAAAGCACACAAACCAUCGUCAUAUGAGAAAUCCGACGCUAUGGCUCUCCGCAAGUUGUCCUUCAGGUCGUUAGCUUUGUAAUGUUUGUGUCUUUUAUCAAAAAGCACUCUGUUCUCCAACAAGUAAACAAGCAGCCGGUCGGCCAUUUUUGGAUAUAUUGGUGGAUCAGACGUCGCAACAACACGCAAUCUGAUUGGUUAGAAGUGGACACACAGUAUUCAAAAAUCGACCGUGAUAUGAAAAAAUAAAUGCCGCAAUAUCGCAGGACGGGAAAACGUCACUGAUGUGAACGCUUGUAUUGACAGGAUACAGGUUCGAAAUUUAAAAAAAAAUAUAUAUAUAUUUUUUGAAAAUAUAUUGACAUCUAGAAUAAUCGCAUGUAAAAAUCGGUUCUGGUGUGAAAGGACCUUUAGACUGAGAUUUUCACAUGACCCUGAUUGUGAGACUGUCCUAAUUGUCAGAUGUCCAAGAUUUUUAGACCACAAUGACCACAAUGAAAUUCUAAUAUUUACAGGACAUGAUAAUAAGUUCAACCUGUUUAUGAGACGGCUCUCCCUUUCACCUCCAGGAUGAUGGCUUUUUGAAGAUUAAAACAUGUUUUUAUGAAGAAUCUGCGCUCAGAUCUGCGCUCAGAUCUGCGCAAGCUUGAUAAAUGAGGGCCAAUGAGUCUAAAUCAGUGGUUCUCAAGUCUAGUCCUUGUGGUCCACUGUCCUGCAUGUUUUGGAUGUUUCCCUCCUCCAACACACCUGAUUCAAAUGAUCAGCUCGUUAUCAAGCUCUGUAAUGGCUUAAUAACGAGCUAAUUUGAAUCAGGUGUGUUGGAGCAGGGAAACAUCCCAAACAUGCAGGACAGUGGGCCUUGAGGACUGGACUUGAGAACCACUGGUCUAAAUGAAGCGUUUGCAUGACCAGUGACUUAAAAACAUAAAUAUUACAAUAACCUGCUUUUUUGUUCAGCUCUGAUAUUGGGGACAACUUUGUAUAUUUUUCUCUUGGAUGGUUUUUCUGAUUGUUAAGUAUUUCUGUUGACGACCAGUAUCUUAAACUUAGCAUCAUAACUCUGCCUCAGUCGUUAAUAACUCUGCCUACUUUUGAGUAUCUUUGUCCUAGAUGGUGGCUGUCUUUCUUUGUUUUAUCUGCAGCUGUAGUUGUGAGUGACAGCUGGGACACUUGAUUUAAGGCAAGAUGAGCUACCAGCUGCUUUGAGAAAAUUCUGGCAUUCAAAAAUCAUCCACACUCUGGUGGUUAUUUUACAAAACGUACUGUGUUUUGGCCUUACAUUUGCUUGUAAACAGAGAUUAAGGUCACUGAAAACUGAUAUCAUUACCCUAAUUUCCACGUGAUGCUUGUUGCUCACACGUAUAGCAUAUGUGCCAAGAUGGCAGACAAUCACCUUACAACUGUUUGGUUCUGUUAAGUUUGAUUGCAUGUUUAGGGAAACCCUGUGCUGUUCUUCAUCAUGACACUGUGGCGUGGAGAAAAGUAAUUAUAUCACACUAAAUAGUUUGCUAUCCUACAGUCUGUACACUGUUUAAAGUACUCUGUUAAUUAUCACCACUUGCUCAAGAAUACGCCCGAUACACAAUGUGACAAACUGAAACACACUAUCGCCACUGAUAGGUCCAGCAUUUAUUAUUGGCUCUGCCUGGAAUGGCUCAUUUAUUACUUCUUAUUUUAUCCCUCUGUUUAAAAUUGUAAGUAAAUGCCAUAAAAAUGUCUAUACUGUCAUCUAGUUUCAUCUUUUACCCUUAUUUGUAGAUGCAGUGAUGAACUGUAUUCACAUAGGAUGUUUUUUGGAAAUUAUUUUGAGCCCAUGUGGUGAUUUCCACUAAAGAGUCCUGCUUGUUUUUAAUGCAGUGCUUCCUGAGGGUCUGGAGAUCAGGACCAUCAAGUCUUGGUUUUGGUCCUUGUCCCUUUAGUACAGAGAUUUCUCCCGAUUCUCAGAAUCUUUGAAUGAUAUUUUGUUCUGUAGAUGAUGAUAUUCACUCAUUCUUUCACUUUUGACACCCAGGAACAUUUUUCUGAAACUGUUGAUCUAUUAGCUCAACAGAUGGAAACGUCAUCACAUGCUAAGCCAAACGGUCAGCACUUAUAGCCAAUCAGAGGCGAUAAGAUAAGCACAUGAAACUAUGGUAACAACCGUUACCAUACGUUAGCACAGAUGAAAGUUAAAACAAAGACGUUUAGCAAACUGUUAAAGCACACAAACCAUCGUCAUAUGAGAGAUCAAACGCUAUGACUCUCCACAAGUUGUCCUUCAGGCCGUUAUCUUUGUAAUGUUUGUGUGUUUUAUCUAAAAGCACUCUUUUCUCUGACACGUAAACAAUCAGCCGGUUGGCCAUGUUGGAUAUACUGGUGAAUCUGAUGUCGCAACAACACGCAAUCUGAUUGGUCAGAAAUGGACACACAGUAUGCGAAACUUCAGAAAAAUCGACCGUGAUACGAAAAAAUAAAUGCUGCAAUAUCGCAGGACGGGAAAAUGUCGCUGAUAUGAACGCUUGUAUUGACAGGAUAUGGGUUCGAAAAAAAUUAUUGACGUCCGAAAUAAUCGCAAGAUAAAAACGGUCCCGGUGUGAAAGGACCUUUACAAAACUUUUCAUCUGCUUGGUUGUUGCUUUGAAAACUUUUUACAAACAUGUUGCUCUUAUCAAAUUUAGAAUAAGGAAAUAUUUUUCAUACAACAGCAACAUUUUUCAGUUUCACUAUAUGAUUUGUUGUCCUUGCAUCAUUUUUAAAUGGCAUAGUGGGUUUAAAUCCACUGACUUCUGUGACAGUUUUCAGACCUGUGGUUAAACAAGAUAAAUAUUGAAAAAACUGUAUAGAAGCUCUUUGCAUCAUGCAAACUGUCUGAUGAUGCUGAUGAUUUUGAUUUUUGCAGACUUGCUCUCUGGAGUGUAAGGGCGGAUUAGACAGUCAGAAGCUCCGUCUGUGCCGGGACCUUCUGCUGGAGGAGGAAAACCACGCUGGUCUGGAUGUUGACCCCCGUGAACAGCAGGAACAGGAAGCAGCAACUGAUGAUGAGGAUGACACAUCACCUGAACACCAGCUGGCCAAGAAGUAUGGAGGCUUUAUGAAGCGCUAUGGCGGUUUCAUGUCCCGUCGUUCUUCAUCUCCAGAAGGGGCACUUGAGGACCCUGGGAACCAGGAGGAGGAAGACAUACGUCUGGAGAUCCUGAAGUUCCUGAAUGCAGCAGCAGGGCAUGGUGGGGAGGGGGAGGGCCAGGGAGGGGAGGAGGUCAAGAGAUAUGGAGGCUUCAUGCGUCGGGCUGAAGAAGGGACGGCACGCGGCGAGCUGCUGGAGGCGGUGCUGGGGCGGGGGCUGAAGAAGCGUUAUGGAGGGUUCAUGAGGCGCGUGGGCCGGCCAGAGUGGCUGGUGGACAGCAGCAAGAGCGGGGGGGUGCUGAAAAGGGCGUGGGAGAACAGCAGUGAGCUACAGAAGAGGUACGGGGGGUUCAUGGACUAGGAUGCUGCAUUUAUGAUCUUCACUCCCCCAGCUCUCAAACCCACUCCCAACCGAUCAUCCUGUGGUCUGGACCUGUAGCUGUUUGAAUCUUCGUUCUGCUAAUCACAGUGCAUCAUGAGGCUACCUCCUCUUCCUCCUCCUCCACCUCUUCAUCCGUCCAGUCCAUCCUGUGGUGAUAAAGAAGAAACUCGUACCGUUCUCACGUGCACUGAUCAUUUUUCACUCUGUUUUUGGUCUCUGUGAUGAUGUUAUUUAUUAAAGAAUCUGUUGAUUGAGGA